AUGGCCCCCAUCCGAAUGUUCUCCCUCGGACGCCUCCUCUUCGUGCUCUUCUGCCUCCUCUUCGUCCUGCACCUCUUCAGCUCACCGGCACCAACCGACCAAACCUUGAACGACGACGACGAGCGAGAAGCAGGGUGGUCCGAACGUUUGGGUCUGGACCAUUAUGCCGAUUGGGAAGCUGGGGUGACGAACAAGUUGGGGAGUGGUUUGGAUGUGGUAAAGCAGGGGCUUAAGGGGAGUUUGGGGUGGGGAUCGCAAGGGACUCGAAUGGGGAGCUUGUACGAGGUGAGUGCUCGCGAUAGGCUGGAGCCGGAUGACUUCGCACGAUGA